UUCUUAAAUUCAUUACGAGUCCCUAGCUACUGUAAAGAUGGGUAGGGAGGACAAGGCAACGUGGAAGUCGAACUACUUCGUUAAGCUUAUUAACCUGUUGGAGGAAUACCCAAAGUGUUUCAUUGUGGGCGCUGACAAUGUCGGCUCUAAACAGAUGCAACAAAUCCGUAUUUCCCUGCGAGGAAGCGCCGUCGUCCUUAUGGGUAAGAACACCAUGAUGCGGAAGGCCAUCAAAGGGCACGUGGAAUCCAAUGCCUCAUUGGAGAAACUAUUGCCUCACAUCAAGGGGAAUGUUGGCUUUGUUUUCACCAGUGGAGAUCUCGUGGAAGUGAGAGACAGGCUGUUGGAGAACAAAGUCAGGGCUCCUGCUCGUGCUGGCGCCAUUGCUCCGUUAUCUGUCGUUAUUCCGGCCCAGAACACCGGGCUGCCCCCAGAAAAAACAUCUUUCUUCCAAGCUCUGAGCAUUCCCACAAAAAUUUCAAAGGGUACGAUUGAAAUCGUUAAUGAUGUGAACAUUCUGAGACCCGGGGACAAAGUUGGAGCAUCUGAAGCCACUCUCUUGAACAUGUUGAACAUUUCGCCAUUUUCAUAUGGUCUUAUCGUUGAACAAGUUUAUGACUCUGGUACCAUCUUUGCUCCUGCUAUUUUGGACAUCAAGCCUGAAGACUUGAAGGAACGUUUCCUGGCUGGUGUGGCCAAUUUGGCCUCAGUAUGUCUCGCCGUUGGAUACCCAACUAUCGCUUCGGCGCCUCAUAGCAUUGCCAACGGGUUUAAGAACUUGUUGGCAAUCGCUGCCGUUACGGACGUAGACUUCAAAGAAGCUUCGACAAUUAAGGAGUUUAUUAAGGAUCCCAGCAAAUUUGCAGCUGUUGCCGCGCCAGUAGCGGCUGCUCCUGCUGCAGCUGCGCCCGAAGCGAAAAAGGAAGAGAAGAAGGAAGAGUCCGAGUCAGAGGACGAUGACAUGGGCUUCUCGCUCUUUGACUAAAGUUUCUAUAGAUGAUUCUAUAGUCAAUUUCGCAAAGGCGAAAGUGGCUAUAGAAUCUGAAACUGAACAUUUGGGAUGUGUUGCUACUGUAACAGUCAGACCGUCGUAAACCAUUAAAAUGAAA